GCGCUCCCCGCUGAGAUGGCGGACGGCGGGUACGAGUCGGUGCUCUGCGUCAAGCCGGAAGUGCUCGUCUACCGCCUCCCCCCCCGCGCCUCCAACCGCGGAUACAGAGCUGCUGAGUGGCAGUUGGACCAGCCGGCAUGGAGCGGCCGGAUGCGUAUCACGUCCCAGGGGAAGGUCGCCUAUAUUAAGCUGGAGGACAAGACUUCAGGAGAGCUCUUUGCUCAGGCCCCAGUGGAGCAGUUUCCUGGCCUUGCUGUGGAGGGCGUGACAGACUCCAGCAGGUAUUUCGUCCUCCGGAUCGAGGAUGGCAAUGGGCGCCGGGCUUUCAUUGGCCUUGGCUUUGUCGACCGAGGCGACGCCUUUGACUUCAACGUAGCACUCCAAGACCACUUCAAGUGGGUGAAGCAGCAGAGUGAGCUGGCAAGACAGGCCCAGAAUCCAGAGCAGGGCCCAAAACUGGACUUGGGCUUCAAGGAUGGCCAGACCAUCACGCUGUGCAUUGCGAAUAUGAAGAAGAAGGAGGGGACAGCGGGGAGCAGAUCUCGGCCAGGAGGCUCAGGGGGGCCCAGCCUGAUCCCCCCCCCUCCAGGAGGGAAGGCGUCACUUGUCCCUCUGCCCGAGCAGCAAGCGUCAUCCCAUCCAGCACCGUCUCCACCAAGCGCCCAGGAGCAGCAGAAGCAUCCAUGGCUUGGCCACAGCACCACCAGGCGCUUACAGCUGACGCCGCUGCUGACACCUGGGGAGACUUCACUCAGGCGUCUGGGGCUGCUUCUGGACCUGCUAAGCAGACAACAGGCUGGGUCCAGUUCUGAUCCAGGAAGGCCAAAGGCCAAGAAGAGCCAGCCCCCCCCCCCCCCCCGAUGCCUUUCAGCAUUUGCCUUGGGCAGGAGGGGAAGGAACGGGGGCUUCUUUCCACUGCUUAUAACUGCUGAAGGGAACUCUUUUUCCUGUGCUCAGAUCAGCGUGGAUGGAGCCUGAGGGACAUGGAAGCGCUGCAGUGGAUGUUGAGCCUCGGGGCUGCCUCCUUGUGUCUCUGGUGAAGCCCCUCCCCCCCCCAGGAGAGGAGAGCAAGGCGCCCUUGAGGAGGGGGGGCUCUGUCUUUAAGGCCUUGGGCUAUUGUAGCCACCCCCAUGCACUCAGGAAGAUAUUGCUGGAUUCAUUCCUCCUCACCCUCCCCCCCGGGCACUGAGGGGGGGUCUGCCCUCUUGGCUGCUCUCAAGGUGGCUGGACUGUCCUGCGUCUGAUGGGCUUUUAGUUUCCCGACUUCCUCCGAGUUGGACCGCAGGGCAGAUGGUGAUGUGGGGGCUGAAUCUUUAGUCUGCGCGUGGUGGUGGGGGCCAGGAGCGAAGGUGGGCUGAAAGCUCCCCUCCCCGGGGUCCUUCCCUCUUUCCGCCUGCUGCCCCAGUGCCUCCAACUGCGUGAGCACCUUGUCCCAUUCCCUCUGGUUCUGGCGGGGGAGCCCAGUCCCAGCCGCCCCAGGGCAGACGUUCCGCAGAGCUCCUGCUAGGCAGCGCGGCUCAGAUGUCGUCUUUGGAGGAUUGGACUUGAAUUCUCUCUUCAAAACAUCUAUUCUGAUCUAUUUAUACUGAGGCAAAGACCUCUUUUUCAAAAAGUUUUACUCUUUUGCAGCCAUGCAGAGUAUUUUGCAGUGUUUAAAAAACUGGUUCCUAAUUAAAGCAAAUGCUGAAA